CGCUGCGCUGCGUUCGGACCGAGGAGCAAGAUCACGUGUGUGUUAGUGAUACGACUCCGAUAAUCAAUAGAUUAGAAUCGAUUAUUUUUUACUAAGUUUUCACAAAAUCGUAAAACAAUUUUAAAUUGAUCUACGCGAUGCGUUCUUAUCACCUGGAAAAACUUUAAUUUUACAGGAUUUCACUCAUUAUGUAAAAUUAAUUUAGUCCCUUUUGAAAUUUGGAUAAAGUUUUAUUGACAGUGAUUAAAAAUGGUGACAAUAGGUGUUUUGGGGACUUUGUGUGUUUUAGGGGUGGUUUUCCUACCAGGAACUCUCGCGGAGACUUUGGGAUCACCACUCAAAGUCGCUCAUUGCAGGGCGAAAUGCUUGAAUGCGUUUUGGAACGAGUCGGACGCAUCGACGUGUUUACAAAUUUCCAGCUGUCAAAAUUGCUGGAACCAGUGCCAACUUCUAGGGAACGGCUGGAGCGAAUCUUGUGGCCAGAUCCCGCAAUGUGAUGCUGGGUGUCUUCUGGCGUGUCGUUUCCAUCUCCAGCAGGAGGUCCAGAGGUCCCCGGUGUUGGUCACUCGGGGUCAGGAGGUCAUCUUGGUGUCCGGGGACUUCGCCUCCUGGCCUCCUCCACCACCGCCCUCUGGCAUGGUCGUCGCCCCUCACGUCUUCGUGGUCAUGUGUCGACUAACAGACUACUCGUGGACUCAGGUGACUCAGACGGUGGAUCUCUCCGUGCGACUGCCAGGUCCCCAUGCCUGUACUACCGUCCGCGUGAUGGUGGUAGGGGUGGACGGCCUGGUGACGGUCUACAGCCCCGCGUCCAGGCCUCGCCAACAGGAUGCCGACGUCAUCAUGCGUAGCCUCGGCAGAGAGCUGUGGACUCCGCCCCAAGACAACCGCACUGAUCAGGACAACGAUGUUGUCGAGGAGGGUUGGAGAAUGCGAGAAGUAUCCCUGAUCCACCAGGGGGUGCUGGUGAUAGCCGAGGUGUCCUGGGAGCCACGAGGGGUCCAAGGGACCGAGGGGGCGCAGUCCCUGUACCUGGUCACCUGGGAGCUGGAGGGUGGAGGACUGAAGGGGAACCUCCUGACUGACUCUACCUGUGUAACAUUGUCCCUGUGGCCAGACACUGUAUAUAGGAUACAGGUUCAGCUGUUCAGGGACGCCCAGAGUGUCAGUGAACCUCUAGUCCUAGACACACGGCAGGCCACACCCCUGUCCGUCCCUCCAGCACCACACAGUCACCCUGUCUACGGACACCCUGGGUUCGAGGGUGUGGCAGGAGUCGCAGCCGCUCUUCUGCUCUUCCUCCUCGUGCUCUUGCUGAUCUCCGGUAGAUCGCGGGGCCAGGAGGUCAAAGUGCAGAAAUCCGACGAGAGGACCUGCGACCGCUUUAAAUUGUUCCCGCCCCCUGUAAGGCUGCUUCUAGACUCUGCUCCACUACCAGAUGUCCCAAUGACGUCAUCUAAAUCAGCUGUUCAACAGAAAUGUUCUGAGCCAAGCUCACAAGAUCAUCUCGUGGACCAAAACCAACAAACGUCCAGUUUUGUUGUAUGACAUCCUAAACCAAAAAAUAUUACUUUAUAAUUUUUAGCUGUACAUACUUUUGCACAAUGCAUGUUGUAUUAUAAGUUAAUGUACAAAGUCAUUUUAAAUGCGUUAUUGAUAAUAAAAUAUAACUGAAUUGCUUUAGACUGUUCAAAGUGUAAUUUAUUUUUUGUAAAUGUUGAUGUGUAUAUAGAUUUUAAAAGUGUUAAUGUUACGUUGAUGAAAUCGAAAGUUUAGAA